GAUCCGCGCUCCCCCCCCGGCCCCUGCGCGGCAUCGCGGUGGGCGCGCCCGGCGCUGCCCGCUCGGCUGGGGCGGGCCCUGUGGCGGGCUCGGAGCGAUGGCGGCGGCCGAGGUGGCGAGGCAGGGUGAAGGCUGUCGUACUGUCCCGCUUUCUGGACACGUAGGAUUUGACAGUUUGCCUGACCAGCUGGUUAAUAAGUCAGUUAAUCAUGGGUUUUGUUUCAACAUCCUGUGUGUGGGGGAAACUGGCCUUGGCAAGUCCACCCUCAUGGACACACUUUUCAACACCAAGUUUGAAGGUGACCCAGCAUCUCAUUCACAGCCUGGGGUCCAGCUGAAAUCCAGUACUUACGACCUGCAGGAGAGCAAUGUCAACCUCAAACUGACUAUUGUGAGCACAGUGGGCUUUGGUGAUCAGAUCAAUAAAGAGGACAGCUAUAAGCCCAUCGUUGAAUUCAUCGAUGCUCAGUUUGAAGCCUACUUACAAGAAGAACUGAAGAUAAGACGGGUCUUGCACAACUACCAUGACACCCGGAUACAUGCUUGCUUGUACUUCAUUGCUCCAACAGGCCACUCGCUGAAAUCCCUGGACUUGGUAACAAUGAAGAAGCUUGACAGCAAGGUGAACAUCAUUCCCAUCAUUGCCAAAUCUGAUGCCAUUUCCAAGAGUGAGCUGACCAAGUUUAAAAUUAAAAUCACAAGUGAACUGGUUAGUAAUGGGGUCCAGAUCUACCAGUUCCCAACAGAUGACGAAUCAGUGGCGGAGAUAAAUGGGACAAUGAAUGCCCACUUGCCAUUUGCAGUGAUCGGGAGCACGGAGGAGCUGAAAAUAGGAAACAAAAUGAUGAAAGCUCGUCAGUACCCCUGGGGCACUGUGCAAGUGGAGAAUGAAGCUCACUGUGAUUUUGUGAAGCUGCGGGAGAUGCUGAUCCGUGUAAAUAUGGAAGACCUUCGUGAACAGACCCACACACGCCACUAUGAGCUGUACCGACGAUGCAAGCUGGAAGAGAUGGGUUUCAAGGACACUGAUCCAGACAGCAAACCCUUCAGCUUACAGGAAACUUAUGAAGCCAAAAGAAAUGAGUUUCUGGGAGAACUGCAGAAAAAGGAAGAGGCAAUGAGACAAAUGUUUGUCCAGAGGGUCAAGGAAAAAGAAGCGGAGCUGAAGGAGGCUGAAAAAGAGCUGCAUGAAAAGUUUGAUCGCCUGAAAAAGUUACAUCAGGAUGAAAAAAAGAAGCUAGAGGAUAAGAAAAAGUCUCUGGAUGAUGAAGUGAAUGCAUUUAAACAAAGGAAGACAGCAGCUGAAUUGCUCCAAUCUCAGGCUCAGCAGGCUGGAGGAUCUCAAACUCUUAAAAGAGAUAAGGAAAGGAAAAAUUAGCUGCUGUUUGGCUGCAUGGUGCAUGAGGCACAUUGUUCUGUAACCCAUGGCUCUGUACUGACUAAUUACCCCUGAAUACAAUGGGCUGGAAUGGACCUUCAUUUACUUGUUAAAUCGGAGGGUCUAAUAAAAUGUGACAGCAUUUCAGCUGUGACCUUUCCAUGGUGUUACCCUUGCUCUCUCUUAUAUUCUCAUUGUGAUUUUGGCUUUGCUAUGUACCCGUGGUUAUUGCUUUUAUUAAACAAUGUAAAAUUAGUCCUAAAGAGGUUUAGGAUGCUGCAGCUUUAAAUCUUACUAUCUUUAUUCCCCUACAAUUAAUGGAUUCCCCUUUCUCCUGGUCCCUCUUCUCCCAGAUAGAUAAGGGAUGUCAAAAGAAGUUCUGUGAGUUAUUUUUGCUGGCAAAAUAACAGCGCAGAUUAAAUUUAUUUAUUGGUGACAUUAAAUAACACCACCUUAGUUUAAUAAUCCCAUAGUUGAGGGAUAAAAACCUCCUUUCUCCUUAUACUUGGUGUCAUUCUCAUGACAUCAUCUACCUGUUUUAAUUUGCUUUUAUUUUUUCUUUUACUAAUUCACGCUACCUGAAUUACCAGCAUGUAACCCUCAUUUCCACUUCAGACUUGCUCCUUGUGCACUGCGUGCAGGCUGAGUUCACUGUUAAGGAGGUGAACCCACAUAUCCCAACCCUGCUGAAAGAUCAGGCUGCAUGUUGCAAAAUAGUCUCAACAAAACCCCUUAAACCCAGGAUUUUCAGAUGAUAAACACACCUCUGACCCAGCUGGGAUAGGUAAUGCUGGGUGUAGUGCUGAGCAUUCCACUAGAAGGGUGGUCUGGGGGCUGCAGAAGCCUCGGGAACAGUGUCUGUAUACAGCACAUGAGUCCAGCUGGCUGUGCAUAACAGCAGCACACUGUAUGCAGGAACCCAGAACCAGCAAUGGUCUGUCAUUUGCAGCAGUCAAGGCAGUUAGAACUCCUGAUUGCAGUGUAUUUUCUCAGGUGUUCUGUUUCACCAUGAAUACAGUUUUAUUUCCCAUAAAUCUUUUAUUUGGGUUUGGUUUUUUAAGCAAGUUUAAAUCAUUUGAAUAUGUACUUCUUGCUGUAUUGCUGACUGUUGGCCUGAUCCCCAAACCAAUCCAUAUCAGUCUGUCAGUGAUUUGAGCAACGUGGUUUAGUGGAAGGUGUCCCUGCCCGUGGCAGGGGGUUGGAACUGGAUGAUCUUUAAGGUCCCUUCCAACCCAAACCAUUCUAUGAUUUCUAGAUUAUCUGCUAAAAGAACCAUUCAAUGCGGGGGUUUAACGAAAAAACGUUGUUACUUGUGUGAUUUCCGUGUACCAUAGGUACCACAGGGAGGUGCCAUCUCCCCUCUGUCAGCUGUUUCCGUGUUGCAUCUCUCUCCUGCUUUUUGAAUGCCUUUCUCUUUUUGCUAAUCCUCUUUUUUUCUCUCUUUUUUCCCCUUUUCUCUCUCUGUAGCUUUUUUUAAUCAGUUUUCGCCAGCUGCACUGGGUCUGAGGGAGAAGACUGCCACUUCUAGAAGAGGUUAAGGGUCUUACGUCCGGGGAGGGGGGGAACAAAUCUUCAGUGUUAGUGUCUCGGAAAGAAGCUCUUUUACUGACUUGCAUGAUACCUAAAACUGAAAUGUCUUGUAAUCUGUGUGACAAGACAGGGUAGGACGGGGGAGCUGAAUGGUUACUGGGGGGUUUGCAGAGCAGCAGAAAUGGGAUGUUGGGACUAAUGAUGUAGCGAAUACAUUUUCAGACAUUGUUAUGGGCAUAUUUUCUAGUUCUGUCUUUAAUAAUACAAAUGUCACAGGCUUCCAUGGGGGCAAAGCCUGAGGAGUAUUUUCGAUAUGCUGUUGUUCAAUUGGGUUUGGAAACUGUGCAUUAGGAUUGAGGGAGAUCCGAACACGGUGCGAUUCGCUCUGUUGGCAGCAACAAAGUAUUUAAUUUUAACAAAGA